CUGAACGCAGGAAACUUGUUUUCACUAUUUCAAUCAGCCUCUCUGUGAAGCUUUCUUUCAAAGCUUUAUUAUAUAUAUUUAUAUAUAUAUAUAUAUAUAUAUCCGUGGACUGUUUUUGACGACGAUGAAAUUAAAAGUAUUGAUAGCAUUAGCAAGCCUGGUGAUGAGUUUUGGGAGAAUAAAGACGCAUAGAAGCGAACAGGCAUCAUUAGUCUUUACUGGUGACGUGAGCUUUGGUGGUGCGAUACGAUACUUCGCCGAAAAGGGCUUCUAUGAUUAUAAAGAGACACUGACAAAGGUUGCCACUUAUCUUCAGCAAGCUGACAUAGCCAUCGGUAACUAUGAGUCGCCUUUUAUACAGCGUAAGGAUGAAGUAAAGGAAAAUCGCUGGAAGACAGAUGAUGCGGUUACACUGAGGUCAACACUAAAAAGUGCGCCGGCACUUAGGUUUGCCGGUUACGAUAUACUAUCUAUAGCUAAUAAUCAUUUAAAUGAUUUCAAAGAAAUAUCAGUAAACACGACAGUGAGGACGAUUAAAAGUCUUGGCAUUGUCCCACUGGGAUACAGCUACGGACGUUAUGACGCACCACAGGUACCAGUCACCAAGGUAAUCCGCGGUGUGAAGAUCGCGUUUCUCGCUUAUUGUGUUAACACUACUCUGUGUUGGUCCAGAAUGGAAUUCUCAUCAGGUCCCGCUUACUACACCAAAGAUGCAGCCACGCGCGAUGUAUACGAGCUAAAAAAGUCAAAAUCUCCAGACAUUAUUGUCAUCUUUCUUCACUGGGGCCUAGAGUACAUCCCCUUACCUUCAGCAAACCAAAGACAAAUAGCCAAAGCAUUUGCAUCACUUAACGUAUCCAUGGUGAUAGGGUCGCAUUCGCACAGAAUCGAAAAACACUGCUUUCAUGGCAACACGCUGAUCUCAUAUGGCCUUGGAAAUUUUGUCUUUCCUCCUUAUCCUGGAAAUGGCAACGACGAGAUAUUCAACUGGGCAUUAGCCCCAAAGCAUGCCAGAAGGCUACGUAAUGAAAGCCGUGUUACAGAAAAGGACUAUGAAAAAAAAUUCAAAACAAUGAACAAUCCGACAUCAAAAUCAAUGAUCCUGCGAGUGAACGUCAACAAGCAUGGCAUUGUUAACGCCGAGUACCUACCGGUUAAUAUCCAAUUCCUGAAGGAUAAAAAACUUCUUCAGCCAACUCCGGCGACAAAUGAAUGGGUCAGUGUAUGCGGUAAAGGGGACCUUCACUGCAUGGAUAAGGGGCAGACGUGCAUAUAGAUGGAUGGAUGGAUGGAUAGAUAGACUUUUAUUUGGGGUAACACUUAAUAUCUAAACAGAUAACAAAAAUAAAUAAAGUGAUAUUUAGGUGAACUGGGAAAAAUAUAUUAGAAAAUUAAAUGAUCAAGGGCUUUCUUUUUUGCAGGAUAAACUCAUUAAAUUGAAUUUUACAAAGAA